AUGGUCAAAGGCGUACACAAUAGUCUCAUGUAUACAUUAAAGCAGUCAGUCUGGAGUAGGAUAUGGCAAAUAGUAAAAUUAAUGGACCUUUAUUCCCCAUGGGGUCUCCAGUACAGUCAUUCUCCUACCACUCACCAGUAUUCACCCAGUGAAGACACAAGACACCUUACUGGAGUUUCAAGACACUCUCUAAAGGAUAAUCUCAUAAUGAGUGCCUCCAACAGUACGAGUGACCCUGUAUACCUGGAACUCUCCUUCUCCCCCUCUCCAGGGACCGCCAAACACUAUGAAAAUCCGUCCUACGACAGCAAGAAGGUUAGUUUGUCGGAGACCACCUGUCCCUCCGCUCACCCAGUCUACAGAGCCAUCACUCACACUCCAGUGACUGGUUGUAUUGUUGCAGGAAUCUACCUCCACAAGUACUAUAUGUACGGUUUUGAUGACGCGCUGCAGAAGAGGUGCGUUGUGACUGCCUACUUCUGGGUUGAAGAUGUGGAUUUGAAGACCCCUCUACUCGUCCUGGUGGAGUGUGAAGGCACUUCCAACUAUCACUACUUCAGCAGCUACGACCACACCUGGACUGCAACUCCCCUGGUGACCAAGGACAACCUUCUGGCAUCUCUGGACAUCAACAAUUGCAACAGGAACUGGGCUCACACCAUCGAUAUCUCUGUGAGAGAGGGUGACGCUUGUCACGCCUGUUGUGGCACAAAGUUGGUUACUGCCAUGGUCACUACUCCCUACGACAAGUCUUACUACAGAACCACCUACCACAUCAGUGAGGGUGAGGAGUACCGCAUAGCGAGAUUCAAGGAGGGUUCAGCUGAAAUCCCUGACAUAAAGUCUUCCAAGGAGCAGGCCUGGGUGCGCACCUUUUCCUACUCCAAGAGACCUGAAGUACCUCUUCUCCUCUAUAUCCUUGGCAAGCCUAAGGUCGGUAGGAAGUGGUACAUGAGGGCUGCUUGCAAUCUCAACAGUUGGAAGGACAUUACCAACUGGCCUGAGGACAGGCUCCCUCACAUUUACUACGUGGAUGACAACAAGGAGAUAUUCCUGAAGUUGUUGGCUGAGGCCUAUGCUCCUUCUGUCAUCUUUGACUCUUCAAAGGGACCUACUACUGGAGACCACUGUUCCUAUGUUGACUCCUUCAGCGGAGAGACUAUAGAGGUUUCAAAGACGACUACUGAUGAUGGCAAGUAUGUGAAACUUACUCACAGUGUGAAGAACGAAGAGACAUUCAAAGUGAACUCCAUUAUUCAUGGGCAAGUAAAGACUGAUGGUGUCUCAACUACCGACGAGGUACUCAACUUCACCAUCUUCUACUGGGUCCUUGACACCGAGUACCAGUCUCCCCUCUUGGUUGAGGUGGUCAAGUUUGACAGAUACGAGUACUACACUUCUGACAAGAACGGAGGCUGGAUCAGAAAAAAUCAUGAUGAGACGACUAAACUACCUGAAAGUGUUCUCAAGGGUGCUUUGGACUACCAGAACUGCAUUAGAAACGGAGCUCAUCGACCCAAUGUUGUCAAGAAGGAAACUACUACCACAAUAACUUGUCCUUGUCAUCACCAGAUGAAGGUAGAUGAGAAGGAACUCACUGGUGAGGAGAAAUACUACUACUGGAAUGUUUCUGGACUUGACUCGAUAGCAGGUCUUUUGGAGAAUAACUAUGAACAGACUGGUAUCACCACUGUCAAGGGUCUCAAGGAAACUCUCAUCUACUUUGGUCCGGCUAAUACUAAAAAUAAGCCACUCUUACUCUACUUAUCCACCUCUACUGAUCCCAAGGAUGCCACUACAGUGACUUGGUGCAAACGAGACUCUGUCAACAGCACAAACUGGUCACUUUACAAGGACCUACCGCCUAACCCGGAAUCAUGUCCAGAUAAAGUGAGGGAUAUGCUUAAAAACUUUCCAGAUACUACAAAGACACUGCAGAAAGUAUGAGAGACUAAAGGGGUUUCUGAAUGAUACUGUGGACAGUCUCCAUGGUUAGUCCUAGUUUGGGACCACGUCCGUUAUAUGGACUUAUUAGUGCCCUGUGGGCAUAGAAGUGUACCAAAGAUUUCAAACUGUACACUAAUAUUACGCAU